AUCACUGUAUUAUGGAUCCUUCGAGUUUACGCCGUGGUCGAUCAUGGUUUAGUAUUUGCUAUCAUGUUAUCUCUACUUGGUCUAGCAAUCGUUGGUUUCGAUAUCCUUCAAGGCGUUCAAUCCUCCUGUACUCACAACACGCUAUCUUCAGAAACCCUCUCUGGAGUCAUGACCUAUAUUUCCUUGGCUGUGUUCGAUAUCUUGGCGACAUUAUUGGUGACAAACCGAAUGAUACAAGCCAUACGCGGAUGUGGUGGGUUUCGCAAGCUGGCCAGACAAAAUCUCUCUGAAUAUGUUCUGAGAGAUCAGGUAAGCCAAUUCAGUUUGGUCGUCACAAUACCUCAAAUCAUUGCAGUUGUGCUUUAUUUCGUAGGUGUCCCCCUUGUGAGCCAGGCAAUACUAAUUUUGCAUCUCACAGGCUCCACAGGUACGGAAAAAAUCGCACGGCUCAUCGUUCUGAGGAUUUCAGGGACUAUACAGCCCUAUCCUGAACAAUUUUCUUCUCGUGUGAGCUCCUGUUUCCCUUCCCAUACUUGAGUUCACAUCGUUGCCAUGCUCGCAAACCUUCACUUGCGAAAAAACAUCUUUUUUCUAUGUGUUUAGGUUGUCUUCCAUCAUGAUCGCG